CAUAAGCUGCGCCAACUUCCACAGCAAGUUUCUCCAUAACCUGUGACUCGAGUUCACCCGUUUUUUUUUGCGCCUACCGUGGAUGCAAGUACUCGAAAGAAUGGAGGAGCCCGCGCCGGGCCUUGGGACGGACCCCUCUCCUUCACAUGUGCCCGGCAUGAAGCAGGAUUCUCCAGAGCUGCCAAAGGAACUGGCCUCAUCGCCCCAGCCUUCUAAACGACCCCUCGAACUCCCUGCCGAUGAAGCGAACGUCGAUUCGAAACGUCUCAAACUCGACCUGAGCCAUGAUCAUGCACCCGAGGACAGUGCUGGUUCCAUUGACAUGGACCUGGACCUUGAUGCGAUGGUUCAAGAUGUGCUCGGUGACAUCGAUAACCAGAUGAGCAAGUUCAAUGCCGUGGAAAAUGCUCCCACAGCCGACAUGGGCCCCUCCGACCCUUCGAUUCUACCAACACAACCAUCACAGGAGCCUGCUGAAGCUCCCAUCGCCUUCCUCACAAGCCCUGUCAAGUCAAUACAGUGCUCUAGUCUUCCUGCGUUGGCAAACUUUGCCCUCGAAACUCUCCUCGUACUAUCUCAGCAGUCGCCCGACGACCUACCAGCAGCGAUACGAAACCGCGAGUCUGAGGCGUUCCAAUCAUGGGAAAUCCUGAAGUCCCUUUUUGUACAGACGCGAUCCCUAUAUUCGAGCAACAGUCCGCUGCUUCGGCAAGAAGACCUGAGUUACCUCGAGGCCGAGGAAGAGCUGAGAUUAGCCAAUCUCGCCAGUCUUUGUUGCUCCAUGACUUCCAGUGGCCGCGACGCCGAUUCUGCUGAUCGAUUCGAGCUAUAUAAUGAGUUCUUUUCGAUCAUUCUACGACCGGGCGCAGAUAUAUCCACAGGAGUCGCCGAUCUCUUUCUUGCAGUCAAAACCCAAGCAGUUAUUGACUCCGUGGCCAAAGGCGUCCAGGAGACACCCAUAGACCAGAUCAUCGAGAAAACUUUCCCGGUUCAUCUCGACCAAAUAUUACGCGACCGUCGAGGCGUAUCCGAUCUGACACCUACGGAGCAGGCACUAACGGCAUCCUGCCAGGCAAGGAAGGAUGCCCUGUUCAAGCAAAUCGCCGAAGGCUUAGACGAGAGCCAGCUUCGAUCCGUAUACAACGGGGAGGAGACGUUUCAGCUCCUCAACACCUACUUAAAUACCGAACUAGUCUCAUAUUCCCCAAUUGCUCAAAAGUAUGGGGUUCGUUUACCACAUCUCGACCUUUCACAUCACCAGCAGGACGAAGUCGACGACGUGCAUGACGGCAUGUCCGAGAUGGAUGAGCACGCGUUGUCAUCUCUUCUCGAGGCAACCGACGGCCUUGUGGCCCAGUAUCUACCGAACGGCGGACCGGAAGAAGCACCUGAAACAGCUGUUCCCACAACAGAAGGAAGCGUGCCGCCAGAUGCUCGACCAAACAUAACAAACGGCACGACGUCGUCGGUCACAGCAGGGGCAACAGCAGGGGCAACAGCAGCUGCGGGUAAUGGGACCGCGGAUCAUGUCACUGACACGCACGAUCUGUUUGCGGAGAUCGAACAACAAACCCAAGAAUAUGUGCGAACUACGUUAAGCAACCUGUCUCCAGCGCCGUACCAGCCCACAGUCCCUGCCCCUACAGCGACAAUAAUGGCACAACAAAAGCCAUACACAUCACACUUACAUCAGCCGCAACCUCCACCGCAACCUCAACCCCAACCGCCACCGCAGCCACCACCCCAACCUCAACAAAACCACCAAUCGUCACCCUCUCACUACUACGGGUAUCCUCCGGCGAGUCAAAGCAUAUCGCUGGAUAAGGAUGAUCCACCAUUACCACCGACGCAAUCUUUACCCAGUGCGGUCCUCUACGAUAGAGCUCGCCAAGCGGCCUUGUCCAAAAAUACCAAUCCACAGAGGCGCGAAGGCGGGAGCUCGACGCGACGCCCUUGGUCUCAAGAGGAGGAGAAGGCGUUGAUGAUGGGUCUAGACAAAGUCCAAGGGCCCCACUGGAGCCAGAUUUUGUCCCUGUACGGGCCAGAGGGGACCAUUUCCAAUAUCCUGAAGGACAGGUCUCAAGUGCAGCUCAAGGACAAGGCGCGGAAUCUCAAGCUUUUCUUUCUCAAGUCCAAUUCAGAGAUGCCUUACUAUCUGCAGGCAGUCACCGGCGAGCUUAAGACGAGGGCACCUGGACAAGCAGCCCGGAAGGAGGCCGAAGAGAAGGCUCGCCAGAACUCGGAAGAGGCCCAGGGCCGACAGAAUGUGCCGUUAGCGGGUGGAUACCAACUUCAUCAGCAUCAGCAUAACCAACACCAGGGAGUACCGACGAAUAUCCACGGCUUUCAUUCCCUCAGCCAUAGCACUAGCACUCCGGGACUGCAGGCCGCUGCCGCCGCACCUACUAUGCCUAAUGGCCAGGCUACACCUUCCAUUCAACCUCAGUAUUCGCUGCCAGCUACUGCAUCAGUUCCAACACUGGGGACGGGCCCUCCGAGGGCGGAUACUCAGGCAACGGCAGGUUAUCAUAUAGACGCCCCAAUGACCUCUGCCCUACAAUCACCCAUCACACCACAAUCGCAUGCACAGUCGUAUUCGACCCCGAUACCCGCCCAGACGGCCCAGCCAUCAGCUCAGGACUCGACAACCUCCACACACGCAGAAAGCUACCCAUCUCCAGACCCGCGGUUGAAUUCACCACAAGUCAAAGCUGAACAGAUCUCACGGGAGACUCUUGCUCCGCUGACAUACCCAGAGCCUCCGGUUACUUCCACAGGGGCAGAAGCAAGUGCGACAUUGUCUACAGCACCUCUACCACCGGCAGACACUUCGCUCGACGACAAUGAUGCCCUUAGGGAUGCGGCACUCAUGCAGAGCCUGCGAGAACUGGAAGCAUACAGUAGCACCAGCGUCUCGUAAGAUGUUACAGCUCAGUAGGCUGUCACUGCCCUGCCAAUUCCCUCUGCGUAGGGCAGAUCAUUUAGUUUGAUGGGUCGACUGAGGAGACAUCACACCUCCAAGGCCGUUCUAUAUCUCUGGCGCGAUGAGUAGA